AUGUCCGAACAACGUCCACGAAGACAGGAGUCCGAGUCCAACUCCGGCCUCAAGGGUGCCCUUCAGGGUCUCGGAAUUUUUCUCCUCGUCCAAUUUGGCAUCAACCAAUUCUUCGGCAACAAACAGAAUGCGACGUCCGGCGCUCAGCCUGGCGGUAUUCCCGCAUUCGUGGAUCGUCCUCACCCCAGCGAAGUCGUCGACCCGAGCGCGAUGCCAGAGCUCAUUGCCCCCAUCUGGCCCACCGAUAGCGCCCUCGAUAUCAGUAUCUAUGUGACGCCCUCGAUGAUUGCGCCGCCGAUCAAGUCGUCUGAGAACCUGCUGGUGAUGCAGGAGAAGAACUUCACCAUCGGCAACUACAGUGAUACCCGGGAAAUCGAUACGACCAUCAAGGUCCCGAAGCAGGUGCAGCAGAAUGGAACUCUCUGGGCACACUUCUUUGUGGCCCGCACUGGUUUCCAGAUCGACCCUGCUGCCAAGGAUUAUACCACCGACAACGCUCUCCACUUUAUUCGCCCGCUCAACCAGUACCUUCCCAAGAAGAAGGCCAAGAAGCUCAAGAACCUUCUGGCCUCCCCCGAGGGAGAGGAAGAAGAGGAAGAGGACAAUACCCCGCAGGUCUCCACGGUUUCUUACUAUCACCCUAACUUCACUGUGUCUGUGAUUCCCGACUCUGGCACUCAGCGGUUCGCUCAGAUCCCGCCGCCCGCUCGCCAGUAUCUGCAGUUGGAACGCACCGGAGCCCGCGAUAUCUCUGGCAAGAAUGGCUGGUACUACCCUACUCUCUUCCUCAACACCUUCUGGCAGUUGAAGAGCCAUAUGACAGAACUCAAUUCCACUGUUGACACCGUGCCGCUUCACAUCACCCUGAACAACUUGGCCAACUGGAAGUUCACCCUCCUCACGAAUGUUGACGAGGGCUCGAAGCAGAGUGCCCGCCAGGCCGCCUACGGUGGUCCUGUUCCCGGUGGUGGUGAUGGAACUGAGUGGGAAAUGGUCAAGCAGAUUCUUCUCGACACCAACAUCUAUCUUCUGGGUACCACUGGAGUCGUGACUAUUCUGCACAUGAUUUUCGAGACUCUUGCCUUCAAGAACGAUAUCUCUCACUGGCGCAAGAAGAAGGAUAACGUGGGCACAUCAGUCCGCACCAUCCUGGCAAACGUGUUUAUGCAAGCAGUUAUCUUCCUUUACCUGAUGGACAACAGUGACAACACUUCAUGGAUGAUUCUUGCCAGUCAAGGAUUUGGUAUUGUCUUGGAAGCAUGGAAAAUCACCAAGACCGUCGACGUUCGCCUGCGUCCCCCGUCUCCAACCUCUUUCUUCUCCUUCCUGCCGUUCGUCAUUGUCUUUGAAGACAAGCACAAGCUCUCGGAGACUGAGGAGCGCACCAAGGAGUAUGAUGAGAUUGCGUUCCGCUACCUCUACAUCAUCGCGGUGCCUCUGCUUCUCGCCUACGCCGGUUACAGUCUGAUGUAUAACACCCAUAAGUCCUGGUACUCUUACAUCAUCGAGACUCUCGUUGGCAGUGUCUACGCCUACGGAUUCUUGAUGAUGGUUCCCAGCCUUUACAUCAACUACCGUCUGAAGUCCGUUGCCCACAUGCCCGGCAAGGCCAUGGCGUACAAGUUCCUAAACACCUUCAUCGAUGACCUAUUCGCUUUCACCGUCAAGAUGCCGUGGCUGCACCGUCUGGCCACUCUCCGCGAUGACGUGAUCUUCUUCGUCUGGCUGUACCAGAGCUGGAAAUACAAGACCGACUUCAAGCGUGUCAAUGAGUUCGGCCAGGGUGGUGACAGUGAUGAAGAGGAUGGGAGUGCCCCCGCCGAAGACUCCGAGAAGAAGGUGAAGCAGGCGCCGAAGGAGGAGGUGGCCACCCAGACCUCUUCCAAGGCUAGCAACUCCAAGCAGUCGACUCGCAAGAGAAAGUGA